CGCGUGAACGAGAAGGCGAAGUUUACAAUUUUGGCAGCCAUUUUGUUUUCCGCUUAGAGCGAGGGGUAGUGAAUAUAUCGACUGUAUGUGGGUUAAUUUUAGUGCAAACAAAGGCAGUUUUUUGCAGAGAGAGGAAACAGACAUAGGAGCCAAUAAUCAGGAGCCAUGAACAGAGACUUUCCGUCGACGGCAUGGUAGUACAGAACGAGGGCCAACAGGAAGUCAAUGCUAUGUUGGCAGAGUUACCUCCCCUUGCCGUGGACUCCAUGUCACAGGUUCAGUUGACUGAGUUUAUUCCAAACCUGGUACAACUGUCCACAGGAAGAGAUGUACCAUUAUUUGGUCAGAACCAGUUUAAACCAGAGUGGUGGCCCACAGAAAUCCCAUGGGUGGAUCCAGGGUUAAAGGACAGCAAAGAGGAGGAUCAGAUAGAACUGCUGAGAAAAGUGGUGAGGUCGUGUUACCGACAUCUAGGGCAGGAGAAACUUCUGAAUGACUCUAGUUCACGAAAAUUUGACACCAUGGAGAGGGAGCAGGAGGAGGCAAAAACAACAGAGGGCGCCACUGAGCCCCCACUUCCUGUCACUGACACGCAGUCCGCUGUAGCGGCCAACGACGCCCCCAUCUGGGUGUGCUUCCUGUGUACCAAACAGUUCAGUGACCAAGACACGCUGAUGGAGCACCAGGAUGAAUGUGAAAAAGAGGCUGAGGUCAGGGAGGCCCAGAACAGGAUCCUGGAAAUCCAGAGACAGAGGGAGGCUCUCCAGAGGAGGGUUCCACAGAAAUAUAGAAAUUUUCCAAAAUUUCGCAAAAGGAAAAGGAGAUUGCCCUACCCAGACAUUAAUUAUCGGCCAGAGAAACCUGUGUUCAUUGGUUUAUUGGACUUGAUGCAGAAACCAGAUUCAGAGAAGGUGGAGGUUUCUCCAAAGAAAGAAGUGGACAGUGAUUGUGAAAUUAUUGAGGUCUCCUUCCCCGAGGCUCCUCGAACACCACGGACUCCAAAAUCACUCAUGUCUCAACUAAGUCGAGACACCGAGGCCAAUUCUCGAAGGAGACAUCUCAGUUUUAGUGGGAUGUUCAGUGACUCAGAAAGUGGGGAGGAGUUGGAGAAGAAAAUCUCUAAAAGUUCACUUUUAUUCGGCAUUGAUAUCACUUCUGUCCUUGGUCACAGAGUUAAGAAACAUCUGAAGAUUGAUGCUUCAAUUCCUGUUGUCAAGGAUUAUGAGCAAUAUUGUGUCGGUGUUAAAAAAAAUGAAUUCAUGGAAAAAUUACGUUCAGAGAGAACCUAUCCAAUUGUGUACAAAAAACGGAAAAAGUUCGCUUCCAAAUUUUUUCAUUCUUACAAAUUCAAUUCUGGGCAACGUCGAGAAUUCAUGAUAACAAAGAAAACAGGAUUAACCAAGAGAAGCAGAGAAUUACUCUGCUGUCUCAAAGAUUGUUCUGUGAAACUCACAAGACUAAAACCAGAAACAAUUCAAACCUGGUGUCAACGAAAACCGAAAAGAACAAUGAAACCACAACGAACAUUUUCACCAAUUUUCCCAAUGAACAACCAGACGUCUACGAGGGUGGAUUCUCAUUUACGGCAGAUUCUGAGUAAGCCAUUGUAUGGUCCAAAGAGUGCACGAAUAAAACAGAUCAACGAGAACAUCAACAGAAUCCGCACCAGUCAGUCGAUGCAGCACUACGACAUGAUCACCAGGGUUGUCACGAAUCCUGAUGGAACGGAAACCAUGAAAGUCAUCUACGUUCCAAAGAAAGUUCAGGAGAAUAGGCGUAAACAAACUUUUAAUCCACAUAGAAAAGUAAUUCAAGAAGAUGAGGACAUUCAGAUCAUUGAAUUGUCCGACUCUUCAGAUGACGAGACGGACCAGUCCACCUUAACAGCAUCUCCGAGAAAAUGUCCGCCACAAAUGAAUCGCAGUGUUGUUAGGCCAAGCACUCCUCAAUCACGCUCAGGGGUACUGAAGCCCACCUCUCUCUCCAGUGAGAAUCUGGUGGGCCGUAACAGUCCUAUCAUGAAGAACAACCAGUUUAGACCGCGGAGUGGAAUUAUAACUCAAUUCGGCAUAAAAUCUCCCUCAAAGGUUGAUCAAGACACAGCCAAAAGGCCAGUUCACGUCACGGCCCCGGGAUCUGUGCCGAUGAGAGACUUGUUACCGAGACCACUACCGUCUUCCCCCGCCAGUCGUAACAUCAGCUACGGACAAGUGGCAUCACCACUGACACUACGAAUCUCAAACCCACGUAGUCUUCUCACAAACUCUGUGUCCGCAAAUCAUGUAAACGGAAUGCCUACUUUGGAGAAGUGUGCUCCAGAGGUGCAGACUAUUCAAGCUGAUAACAGAUCCGUCAUUUCUGCCAAACCAAAUAUCCUCCAGCGUCCUCCAAUUGCUAUAGCACCGUUAAAAUUAGUCAGCAAUAAACCGGAGGAGGCAAUAGUAAUUGAUGAUGAUGAUUAGAAAAAUGUACACUAAAAAUUAAUUGUAUUGAUUACACAGACUUCGUCUUGUUUUGUAGAAUCUGAAUUUUUUUUAUCAUUGUACAGUAUUAUAUAUAUAUAUAUGUAAUUAAUGAGAUUUGUACAAAUUUAAUGAUUUAAUUAUUUAUGCUUAAUUUUAUUGGAAUUGAUUAUUAGAUUCCUAUAAUUUAUGUUUGUAAUAGAUUAUUACAAUGACAAGACAAGAGGCUGUGUUUGUGCGCUAUGCCGAUUUUUCUCUUUCCACACAAUUAGCUGCUGUUGCAGUAAUCAACACUUCCUGUAUCUUCCUCUCAAUGUUCCAAUAACAAUUUGUAUAGCAAAGCCAAGGAAAACAAUUUCUGGACUCAUCAUUCUACUGCGGCAUUUUUUAAAAUUUGAUUUUGUUGUGAUUUUGAUUUCCCAUUUAUCCAGAUACUUUAUUGCUUAGUCCACCUUGUAUGUCAGAAGUUCUACUUUUGACUAUUUUUUGCAGCUAAACUCCAGCGUUAUGAUGAGUUGCUGGUAUAUGGAGGAUGAGAUGAACAAUCAGAUUUUAAUCUGGGACAGGCAUUAAUUCUACUCCUUUCUUAUUUUUUGGUAAAGAGGUGGUUGCCACAGAAGAUGGCAUUGGACCCUCUGUGUAUUGAGAGAUUUAUGUUCAUUAAGCAUUGAAAUCAUUUUUACUUAUUUGAUGCAUCUUUUCAUGAGUUUGCAGCACUGUACCUGUGUGCAGUGAAUAUUCAGGUCAGUAUACAUGUGGGACAGGUGUAAAAGACAGAUUGUAACAAGUUUUGUAUCAAAUUUUUCUGUAUGUAUGGCGAUCACUUUUUUGUGAUGCGGACUUGUACAAGAAUUAAAACCACGGCAGAUUU